AUGUCGAAACAAGGAUUUAAAUCGUGGAUGUAUUUUAUCGCAGCGCUUUCUCUUUGGAAUAUUUCCGGUGGGCAGAUUUUAUACUCUAUAUCCGAGGAGGCUGAUCCGGGAACCACAGUGGGACAUAUAGCAAAGGAUCUGAACCUAAAUCUUCAUGAAUUACAGCUUCGCGGGUUUCAGCUCGUUUCUGGCCCAAACAAGAGGUAUUUUGAUGUCAAUUUAAAGAGUGGUGUUCUCCUCGUCAAAGAGAGAAUAGACAGGGAACAGUUGUGCGGAAGGAGCAGCAAAUGCUCUCUGGAAUUAGAAGCUAUUGUUAACUCGCCUUUAAACAUGUAUCGAUUGGAGGUGAAUGUUUUAGAUAUCAAUGAUAACGUUCCUAUUUUUAAGUCAUCAAAGACAGAACUGAACAUUGUAGAAUCGGCUUUCCCUGGUGAAAGGUUUACAUUACCGGACGCGUUUGACGCGGAUGUGGGCAGCAAUUCGGUCAAGAGCUAUAAACUGAGUGCGAAUGAGCAUUUCUCUCUGGAUGUACAGAGCGGAGGAGAGCAGAGUGUGUCUGCUGAAUUAGUGCUGCAGAAAGCUUUAGAUCGGGAAAAACAGGCGGUGAUCAAGCUCACACUGACCGCUGUAGACGGAGGAAAACCUCCAAGAUCAGGAACAACGCAAAUUAUCAUCAAUGUUGAAGAUGUGAACGAUAAUAUUCCUGUAUUUAGUACAUCUCUGUACAAAACACGAAUAAUGGAAAAUGCGCCCCUCGGUACGUCUGUUGUCACGGUGCAGGCUAGCGACGCAGACGAGGGUUUGAAUGGAGAAAUAAUGUAUUCAUUUAUAAGUCAUGAUGAAGAUAUAAGAGUGAAUGCGUUUACCAUAGAUUCUGUCAGUGGUAUAAUCUCUGUUAAAGGGAACAUUGAUUACGAGACCAACAAUGCUGUAGAAAUUCGAGUCCAAGCUAAAGAUAAAGGGCAGAAACCAAGGGCUGCUCAUUGUAAAGUUUUAAUUGAAAUCGUUGAUGUUAAUGAUAAUGUACCUGAAAUUUCCGUGACCUCUCUUGCUGAAACUGUGAGAGAGGAUGCUGCUGCUGGAACAAUGGUUGGACUGAUCACCGUUAAAGAUGGAGAUGCGGGAAAAAACGGCGCAGUUGUUCUUAACAUCCGCGAUUCUGCACCUUUUCGUUUACAAAACACCUAUAAGAAUAAAUAUUAUCUACUUGUAGAUGGUCAGUUAGACCGAGAAACUGCGUCUGAGUAUAAUGUGACAAUCAGGGCUACUGAUGAAGGGACUCCGCCUCUCUCUAGCACCAGUGUCAUUGCUGUACACGUUUCUGAUGUCAAUGACAACGCGCCGCGCUUUCCAGAGCCCGUCAUUAAUGUUUAUGUGAAAGAGAACAGUCAGAUUGGAGCUGUUAUUCAUACAGUAUCUGCUGUUGAUCCUGAUGUAGGUGAUAAUGCCAGAACAACAUAUUCUUUACUAGAAAGCUCUAAAAGCGGCCCGGUAACAUCCAUGAUCAACAUAAACUCUGACACUGGAGAUCUCCACAGUUUACAGUCGUUUAACUAUGAGGAGAUCAAAACAUUUGAGUUUAAAGUUCAGGCCACAGACUCUGGUGUUCCUCCGCUCAGCAGUAACGUGACUGUAAAUGUUUUUGUCCUGGAUGAGAAUGACAACAGUCCCGCGAUUCUCGCGCCUUAUUCCGAGCUCGGUUCCGUUAACACCGAGAACAUUCCCUAUUCUGCUGACGCGGGCUACUUUGUGGCCAAGAUCAGGGCUGUAGAUGCAGAUUCUGGUUAUAAUGCGCUGUUGUCCUACCACAUCUCUGAGCCCAAAGGGAACAAUCUGUUCCAAAUCGGAACCAGCAGCGGGGAGAUCAGGACUAAGAGGAGAAUGAGUGACAAUGACCUGAAAACUCACCCGCUGGUCAUUUUGGUUUCUGAUAACGGAGAGCCCUCACUGUCAGCGACCGUGUCUAUAGAUGCUGUGGUUGUUGAAAGCGGAAGUGACGUCAAGACUCCAUUCAGACACGCGCCGGUAAAGGAGGAGAGUUUCUCGGAUUUAAAUCUGUAUCUGCUGAUCGCCAUUGUGAGUGUGUCCGUCAUCUUUUUACUGAGUCUCAUCAGUUUGAUAGCUGUAAAAUGCCACAGGACAGACAGCAGUUUGGGCAGGUACAGCGCCCCGAUGAUCACCACACACCCUGACGGGAGCUGGUCUUACUCCAAAUCUACUCAGCAGUAUGACGUGUGUUUUAGCUCAGACACACUGAAGAGUGACGUAGUAGUUUUCCCUGCGCCAUUUCCGCCUGCAGAUGCAGAACUGAUCAGUAUUAAUGGAGGAGACACUUUCACCAGAACACAAACACUGCCUAAUAAAGAGAAGGUAAGAAUGUAA